AUGUCUUUCAUGCGGGCUGGAAACCUUGCCUGCUCUCGGGCGGGCAGGCUUAUGACAUACCGCAACACGCGUAUGCUUUCAGCAACUGCUUUGCGAGCUGAGUCGUCGGUCAAGCCCAGCAGCAGCUCUUCUGACGCGCCGACGACCCCUCUCUCCGAAAGCACUCUGAUCCAAAAGGAGACCCCUGCGGAGGCAAUGACUCGUCACCAGCCCGAUUACGAUGCUACUAUCGACCACGGCACCUCCAAAUUCUCCCCUGUGCCUAAGCGUGUCAUGGAUGGAAGCGAACCCGGCGAGACGGUUCCUGCUGCCGUUCUCUCUGGUGCCCCUACCGACCUCCAGGCCCGCACUGUCAGGAUCUUCCGACCUUCGAAGCCAGCUACGCAGUCCGGAGAAUGGCACUCUCACCACUGGAGGAUGGAUUGGGACAUUUUGCAGAAGGGCCACCGAUGGGAGAACCCCCUGAUGGGCUGGCAAUCUUCCGCGGAUGCCAUGCAGGGCACACACAUCAACUUCAAGUCGAAGGAAGACGCCAUCCUAUUUGCGCAGAAGCAGGGCUACGAAUACUUUGUCCAGGAGCCCAAUGAGCGAAAGUUUGUUCCCAAGGCUUAUGCGAACAAUUUCGUCCACGAGCCCAAGAAGCUCAAGCAUAUCAGAACCAAAUAA